AUGUCUUCGAUUGAAAAAAAACCAAUGUUUCGGGAUCUCACAGCAGAGGAUCCAGAACCUGAGGUUACCGAAAUAGAGUCGUUAUGUAUGAACUGCCAUGCAAACGGCGUAACCCGGCUCCUCUUAACUCGCAUCCCACACUAUAAAAAUGUGGUGCUUAUGUCGUUCAGUUGUGAGCGUUGCGGCUAUGAGAAUAAUGAGAUUCAACCUGGAGGAGCGUUUGCCGAGCUAGGGGUGAGAUGGAAGCUACAGGUAGAAAACCCGAUAGAUUUAAACCGUCAAGUGGUUAAGAGUGACUAUACCAGUGUUAAAAUACCGGAACUUGACUUUGAAAUACCUGUACAGAGUCAGAAAGGAGAGGUCACCACAGUGGAAGGUAUCCUCGCUCGAGCUAUAUCGGGGCUUAUGCAGGACCAGGAAGCUAGGAAAAUGGAGCAUCCCGAGGCCGCUGCGAAGAUUGAAGCUUUUGUGGGACGUUUGCAAGCGCUUAAAACUCUAGACACCCCGUGGACAUUAGAACUUGAAGAUAUUAGUGGUAACUGCUACAUAGAGAAUCCAGAAGCACCGAGCAAGGAUCCGCGCUGCGAACGGACCGACUUCAAAAGGACCAAAGAGCAGGAUCAUGUUCUCGGCAUAUUUACUUCGAAUGAGGUCAAUGAAGCGACCAACGGUGAUGCGGCUCAAACCGUCCCGGAGAUCGGAUCGUACGACAGGAUGGUCACCGACGAGGUGCUGCAGUUCAGAACCAACUGUCCCGACUGCAACGCUCCCGCUGAUACCAACAUGAAGUUGACAAAGAUCCCGCAUUUCAAAGAAGUGGUGAUCAUGUGCACAAUUUGCGAGGCGUGCGGCCACCGGACGAACGAGGUGAAGUCCGGUAGUGGGAUAGAAGACAAGGGAGUGAAGUACGAAGUAAGGAUAGCUAGCAAGGACGACUUCUCCAGGGACAUCCUGAAGUCGGAAACGUGCAGCAUGCAAAUCCCGGAGCUGGACAUGGAUGUGGGGGGUCGCGCUCUAGGGGGCCGGUUCACAACCACCGAGGGCUUGCUGCAGGCCGCGGCACAUCAGCUGAAGAAUGGUGUGAUAGGGGAUGCGCCGGCUUUGGCGCAGGAGAAAUUGGAGGGAUUCCUGCAGAAGCUGGACGAGGUGCUGGAAGGCAAGAGGGCGGUGACAUUGAUCUUGGAUGAUCCAGCUGGAAACUCCUAUGUGCAGAGUCUGUCGGAUGACCCGAGCCAACCUGAUGAUGGUCUGAAAAUACACCGCUACGAGAGAACAUAUGAACAGAACGAUGAGUUGGGACUCAACGACAUGAAGACCGAAGGAUAUUAA